AUGGACGCUAUAAAUAAGAUCUAUACGUCCGUUUCGCAAACGGUAUCCACCCUGUCAUCAGUAUUCCUGGGGAACCCGCUCACGAAGGAGUACGAUAUCGCAGAACAUAUUGGUUCUGCGGGCACGGAAUUCGUAUGGAAAAUCUACACAGGAUGCAAAAGGUCGACGAAAGAAACGGCAUCGAUAUUCGUGUUCGACAAGAAACAGCUAGAGCUUUUUACCAAAGAUGAGCGGGAAGAAAUCUGCGAAAACAUUCGCCGAGGUGUGGUACAGCUGACGAAGAUUCGUCACCCGCAGGUGCUAACGGUGCAGCACGCCAUGGAGGAAAGCCGAGACACGAUCGCAUUUGCCACCGAACCCGUGGUGGCAAGUUUGGCCAAUCUGCUCGGCAACACAACGAAUGUUUCCAACAUGGGUCUGUUGUCCGAGUACAAACUGUCGGAGUUUGAUUCAAAGUUCGGUGUGUUUGAACUGCUGAAGGGCAUACGAUUUUUGCACGACGAAGCCCAACUAGUGCACCGAAAUAUAUGCACGGAAAACAUUAUCGUGAAUAAGCAGGGCGUGUGGAAGCUGUUUGGGUUUGGUUUUUGCUGGAGCAAACGAGAUCCUGUCGCUCCCGUCGCAAACCAUCACUUUAAAAGCCGACUGCUGGGUAGCCCGAACUCCAAGUGGACAGCUCCCGAACUGAUUCUCGAGAACACCUGCAACGAGUCUACUGAUAUUUAUUCGUUAGGUAUUUUAAUUUAUACCGUUUAUUCUCGCGACAACAUUCCUUCUCCCGACGCGUCUUCGAAUCUGUACGGCUACAAGCAGUCUGUAACGAAGCUGAGCAAUCAAGGACCUUCGAAAAUAACAUCAAUUCCCGAGUCCCUGCAGGGAGAAGUUAAAAGAAUGCUUAGCGUGAAUCCACAAACUCGCCCGACACUGCAGGCAUUACUACAGAUUUCAUAUUUCUGUGACAGCUACGUGCAAUGUUUAGAUAAUUUAGAAACGCUGUUUCCUAAGGAUAAUUUAGAGAAAUCAGAAUUUUAUAAGCGGCUCUCCCAGAUAAUUGGAGAGUUCCCGCAUCGAGUGCGCUUGCACCGGAUCCUACCGUCGCUGGUGAAAGAGUUCGUCAACUGUUCAAUGAUCCCGUUCGUCCUGACGAACAUUCUCACCAUAACGGCCAGCUGUUCAAGGGCCGAGUACAUGCAGCACAUUAGUUCGCAUCUGCGACCGGUAAUGCUGUUGGAUGAACCAGUGCAGAUUAUGCUGAUAUUCUUCCAAAAUCUUGAAGUCCUUCUGAAGGUGUGUCCGUCGGAAGAAAUCAGGGCAAGCGUGCUGCCGCUCGUCUACAAAGCGCUCGAAUCGAAAUCACAACAGAUCCAAGAACUCUGUCUCUCGGUCAUCCCGUCGGUGGUUGUGCAUUUGGAUAAGAGUACGAUUAAAGGAGGUCUGGUUCCACGCAUUAAGACGUUGUGCUCGGGAACGAAUUUGGUGUCGGUGCGAGUUAAAUGUUUGCUCUGCCUCGGCCAGCUGGCGACGAAGAUCGAUAAAUGGGUUAUGAUAGAUGAUAUCGUUUCGUACCUUCCGUCCGUGAACUGUCGUGAACCGGCAGUAAUUAUGGCCAUUGUUGGUGUUUACAAAAUAUCGUUCACAACGGAAGGACUGGGCAUUCCAAAGGAUGUGCUUGCGUGCAAAGUUCUGCCUCACCUCUUUCCUAUGACAAUUGCUAACGGGCUUUCGUUGCAGCAAUUCAACGCCAUCAUUAUGUUGAUAAAAGAAUUCACCCGCAAAAUCGAGGACGAGCAGGGUGACAAACUGGGCAGCAAAACGACAGUAUCAUCCAGUGCCAGCAGUAACAGCCUGCAGGACAAACAAUCUACCCCACAGCAAUCCGAACUGCAGCAGUCGUUCAGUGCGAUGGGAUUGGGAACAGCGGAUCCGUAUGGGGAUUUCAUGCAAUCGACAACGAAUAGCCAGCCACAACAACGGCAGCCACCAAUAGCUGCUCCUGCACAACCGCAGAUCCCCCAACUCAAACCACUCCAGCCGCAAACCACCCUGAAUUGGAAUGUACCUCCGGUGGCCACAACUGCAAAAGAAAAUAGCAACAAGUAUAACCUAUUCACACAGCAGCAAAAUUCCGCCGUAAAACCAUCCUCCAUGGUGCAGCAGCCAUUGACAUUACCACCGCCAGCCAUAGCCGUACCGAUGAUUACCGCCCCGAUGGGCUCCAGCAUGUGGAUGAAUAGCAACGGUACGACGACGGGUUCGAUGGUGAAACAAGCCACACUUAUAUCACCGACCAGCAAUCCGUACGGGCAACUGCAGCCACUUAUUCCUACGCCAUCGCAAGCGAAACAAGUACCUACGAGUUCGAGCCCGAUGCUCUCUAAAGAGGACAUUAUGGAGUUUCUACAAAAAUAAGACCUAUCCUGCACGAUACGCUUGUUUUAGCACCACGCUUAUUAACUGUGUUGUACGGUCGCUAGCGAAUUUAACGCUUUGCGGCCAUCUGUUGACGGU